AUGACGAGAGCGUGGAAUCUCGACAAAGCUGCAUGGCUCUAUCCUUUCCGGGGCCUUUAUUAUUUCAUCUCGCAUCGCUUCCUGUGGCCUCUUUUUAAGGCCCGGUUGAUCCCUAUCGUCUUGUUGUCAACCUUCAUCUACUUCCUGCUCUUCUUCUUCACCUACUUGCCGCAAGUGGCGUUCCUUGCCAUCUUCCAAGGCAAAGGGGCGUGGGUCAACGGUGCCUUCCUGGUUCUGGGAGAAGGAGCUGCUAUAGUGGCCUUGCUCUUUGAAGCCUUCUUCGUGGAUGAAACGCUAGUGGACAUCUUCGACGCCGUCCUGGUGAACGAAGGCCAAGGGGAGUUGGUCACCACGUCGCGGGUGUUAUAUCCUCAAGGCGAUGAUGUGGUGCAGCGGUUGGGCAAACCCACCCAGAGCGCCAUCUACGCUCCGUUCUCGCUGCGACAGAUAAUAGAAUUCAUCGUCCUCCUACCGCUGAACUUUAUUCCGGUGGCGGGCACGCCCAUGUUCCUCGUGCUCACCGGUUAUCGAGCGGGCCCUUUCCAUCACUGGCGAUAUUUCCAGCUAUUGGACCUAUCAAAACCUCAGAGGAAAGAUCGGAUUUCCCGACGACAGCUGCAAUACACCUCAUUUGGAACGGUGGCUUUGCUGCUUCAGCUGGUCCCCAUCCUUUCCAUGUUUUUCCUAAUGUCGACUGCGGUUGGCUCAGCCCUUUGGGCUGUGGACAUCGAGAACAAACGUGGUCUCCUCGUGGAAUCCGGUCCGGACCCAGUGGGUGACUUCCACGAUAAUGAGAACUGA